AUGGGUGUCCUUUGUCAGUACAAUACCAGUCUCUCCAUUAUCUUGGAUGCCGGACUUGACCAGUCGGAUCAAGGUGCAAUUCCAAUUGCUGAACAACAUCCAGCGAUGGCAUUGAAUGCUCCACAACCACCUCCUCCACCUCCCGGCAACUAUAAUAAUAAUCAUCAUACUCAUAACAAUAGAGGUUCACACCAACAACAACAGACAAAUCAAAACAAUAGAAAUAAUAGAACAUUCAAUCAGAAUGAAUACCAUUUGAAUCAAUCUUACGAUACUGAAUUACAAAUGGCAAUUGCGUUGAGUAUGGCAGAUGCAGAGGGUGGUAACAUAGCGACGAACAACCAUCCCAUACCACCACCUCCUCCACCACCAUCAUCGAAAUUCAACAGACUCAGAUCAUCGAUCGAAGGUGAAGAAAUAGAAAAAAUAGAGAAUACUUUCUUUGAAGACAAUGAUAACGAAUUUGAUACACCCAAUUUUGGAAACGGUCCUGAACAGGAGGAGGAAGAGGAAAUCAAAGAGAAUACAACUGAAGAAUUUCAAACCGCUUUUAAUGAUAAACAGUUUGAAUCAGGGAGUAAUGUCCAGCCAAACAUGGACAACAACAACCUUAAAGAACAGGAAGAGGAAACAAACAUCAACAACAACACAGUUAUAAAUAUAAAUGAACCUAACAACACAAACAAAAAUAAUGAUAAUAAUAGUAGCGAUAAUAGUGAUAGCAGUUCAUCAUCCGUAUCAAUUGACAUAAACGAACAAUAA